AUGAGCGCCCUCGACAUUCCAGAAAUUCAAAAGACCCAUGGCGCGGCCAUGGCCAGCAAAUUGGAGAAGGCAUCCAAUUUAUUUCAACAACACUUUUCUUCUUCUGCUUCUGGCGGCGGCGACGACGACGAUGUGACCAUUGCUGUAGCUCCUGGCCGUGUCAAUUUGAUUGGAGAACAUACGGAUUAUACGGGAGGAUUUGUGUUACCAUUUGCCAUUGAAUACUCUUGCGUUGUUUACGGCCAAGGGAAAUUGACGACAUCCUCCUCCUCAUCCUUAUCAUCACCCACCCAAGCGAGCCUUUCGUUUGUCAGUGCGCAGGGGUCCCAAGAAUUGGUGCAACUGCAAAUCACUUCCGAGAGUACACCACCCGAGAAAUCGUCAUGGACUUCCUAUGUCUGUGGUACAGUCUUUCAAUACUUGGUCGAUUUGCCACAAUCUUCUCAUCUCGAAUUAAAAUUUGCCAUGGCGAGCGAUGUACCAUUGGGAUCCGGACUCUCCUCGAGUGCCUCGUUGGAAGUCUCCAUCGCCCGCUUUGUCGAAGCCAUUAUUGGGACGACAUUUGCCUUUUCUUCUUGUGAGGAUGACACCAAUCAUGCCAAGAUUCGAGCCAUGCGCUGUCAAAAAGCCGAAAAUACGUGGUGCAAUUCUCCCUGUGGCAUUAUGGAUCAAUACAUUUCCAGUGCCGCUACCAAAGGUGGUCUAUUGAUGAUUGAUUGCACGUCUCUCGAGGCACACCAGACUCUAAUGGCUUCUACCGAAAGACCUUUGCUAGUGGUGGCCAAUUCCAAUGUCCAACAUGACAUUGGUGGAGGCGAAUAUCCAAUUCGCGUGAAGCAAUGUCAAACGGCGACUACUGCCCUCCAAAAGGUCAAUCCUCAAAUUCAAAACUUGCGAGACGCUACUUUGGAAGAUGUGGAACAAGCCAAGGAACACAUGAAGGAUGACGUGAGCUAUAGACGAGCCAAACAUGUGGUGACGGAAAAUGCUCGGGUGGAACAGACAAAGGCGGCACUGGAACAAGGGGAUUGGAAACAAGUGGGAGAGCUGAUGAAUCAAAGUCAUGCGAGUAUGCGAGACGACUACGAAGUGAGUUGCAGAGAAAUUGAUAUGUUGGUAGAGAUUGCGCAAAAGCAACCAGGAGUCUAUGGCAGUCGAUUGACGGGAGGUGGUUUUGGGGGUUGUACCGUCACAUUGGUGGACAAAAGUCAAGCACAGAAUCUGGUCGAGACGCUGCAAAAGGAAUACAAGGCCAAGACUGGCAAAGAUUGUGAUCCCUUUCAAACGCAACCAGCACAAGGGGCUCAUAUAUUAACACUCUAA